AUGGCUUCUCAAAAAGCCGACAGCGAUGGUCCGUCUACCCAUGUUGAAAUAAACCACAAGGGCGCAGUGCAAAAAACCAUCGAGAAUACCGUAUCAGGGGUGUCAGACAGGGAAUACAACCGAAUUCUGCGCAAAGUCGACUAUCGCGUCAUCCCUAUCCUGGCUGUGCUAUACCUGCUGAGUUUUCUGGACCGAGGGAGCAUUGGGAAUGCAAAUAUCCAAGGGAUGUCCGACACCUUGGGUUUGGUUGGUCAACAAUACAAUUGGUGCCUGACCAUAUUCUUCUUCCCAUACUCGUUCACCGAGCCAUUGUGCAAUUUGCUAUUGGUGCGACUGAAGCCUAGGAUCUGGCUUCCGUCAAUCAUGGUGGCAUGGGGUAUUGUGAUGACUCUGACAGGCAUCGUUCAGAAUUAUUCCGGUCUGCUGGCUGCAAGAUUCUUUCUAGGGCUCACAGAAGCAGGCCUUUUUCCCGGACUCGCUUUCUAUAUUUCUUUGUGGUACCCCAGAGCAAAUGCGCAAUUCCGACUAGCUCUCAUAUUUGCUUCGGCAUCCAUGGCCGGCGCAUUCUCCGGUCUUCUGGCCUACCUUAUCAGCAUGAUGGAUGGCAUUGGUGGAAUCGAAGGCUGGCGUUGGAUCUUUUUCCUGGAAGGGAUUCUAACCGUGGUCGCUGCCGCUGCCUCAUUCAUGUUUGUUUGGGACGAGCCUGCAACUGCGACGUUCCUAACCGAAGACGAGAAAAAUAUCCUUUUGCUAGCAUUGAACCCUAUGCAGCUGGAGGUUUCGGCAGAUCCACAACUGGGAAGUGAGCAAUCGGCUAAAUGGAAACACAUGAAAGCGGCAGUACUCGACUGGCAGACCUGGUUUCAUUGCCUCAACUACUGGGGAGUGGCCUGCGCAGUGUACGCUUUAUCGCUCUUCCUUCCGGCAAUAAUCAAAGGGCUCGGAUACUCCGCUGCCAUUGCUCAACUGCUCACAAUCCCAGUAUACGCAGCAGCCACGAUUUCUUGCAUAUUUGUCGGAUACUUCGCGGACAAAACGGGCCAACGCAGUCUUUUCACUGUUGGAUGCUAUGGUGCGAUCGUGGUUGGUUAUAUCAUCGCAGUUGCGCCUCCGAGCUUUAUGCCUGGACUCACAUAUGCGGGAUGCUUCAUUGCGGCCUGUGGUAUUUACCCAGCUAUUCCGGGUCUUCUUGCUCUAUCUUCGAACAAUUGGGCACCCAACGCAAAGCGGGCUGUUGGGAUGGCUAUACAAAUGGGAUUCGGUACUAUGGGUGGAGCUGCUGCUUCCAAUUUCUAUCGCACCGAGGAUGCCCCGAGGUAUCGACUUGGCCAUAUAUUGGUGCUUGUGUUUGCCGGGAUUGGUCUGCUGACGAUGAUUUCUUACUACUUGAUCUGCAAGAGAUUGAAUGCGAAGAGGGAUGCUGAGGCUGAUAAUGUUUACCAGUACACUACUGAGCAGUUGAUUGAUUUGGGUGAUAAGGCACCGAGUUUCCGAUACAAGCUAUGA